AUGAGGGGUCGUUCACUCUAUCGAGGAUCGAACGACAGCACCGAAAGCGCGGGGGGGAACAGUAGCGAGCUUUCAGCGAUGCUAAAUGCGGGAAUUCAUCACAAACAAAGACGUGCACCGUUGCUGCGGACGAGCUCGCUCAAACUGCCGAACAAACAACUGUACACAGUUUCAGAAAACAGCCAUGAGGAGCCUGCGAUUCCCAGUGCCAACAUCUCACAUCAUGCAUCGAAAUUGAUGGCGAAUCGUCAACGAAGUUCCGCUGCCAGCGUGCUCUACACCAAUCUGAAAAACAAACGCAACAGCAGUAACUUGUCGCUGAAGGACAUGCGAAACAACUCGGCCGCGUCCAGUGGCAACAGCUCCAACUCGAACAGCACACGUCAAGCAUUGAACGUCGUCAUACAAGAUCCCAGAAGUGACAUUGCAGACCAAUCGCUGCGGGCCAACAACCCCAUCAACCACUACCAGUUUGCAAGAAAUAUGGCCACCAGGCCCAAGAGUUCAAGUACAACCCAUAUACCGUCGCUGGGAACCAUUCGGCAGAAUGAAGCUGCCGGUUCAAACACGUUUGUUAACGUCGAACUUCGACCUAGCAAAAAUCAUUCGAGUUUGUCAGGAAUGAGCUCUUUACUACAACGGCCAAAUGCUGUUGACUUCAAAUCGAAUGUGAAGAAUUUUCCCCAGGCCGGGAAAGACUCACUAUCGCUAGCUGAUAGAUCAGAUGCUGAAUACGCUGGCGCCUCACUCGAAAACGAGGAAAUGGCCAACACUCUUUUGGAGACACAGAUCGAAACUGCCAUGAGCGAAGAGCUGUUUCCGAAGGAGUAUGUCUUCGACAACCGUUUCGACGACAUCAUACAAGCUCCCGGAGAACCCGAAAAUGAGAAGGCACGAAGUAUGACCAGCUCGAAUCAGUCCCCUUUGACACGAAUACCAGCCAGAAAGCUUUCAAAAACAGAUUCUGCAGCGCUGGAAAAUUUCGAGCAUGAUCUCUCGAGUAAGUCGAGUGCCGGGUCGCAAGAGACAUCCAAUACGUCUCGACUGCAGAUGAAAAUGGACAUAAUGAAAAGUCGAUUUGACAGUUUCGUGACAGACCAAGACACCUUACACAAUUCCGAUAGCUGUACUGCGUUUCUCAAGGGUGAUCUUAGCUCUCACGGAAGUGGUUACUCGUUUUCUCUAUCCGUGCCGAGCGUCUCGAAAUCCAAGAUCGAUCUCGGCCGGGACAGAAGCGAUACCGGGGUCGCAGGCGACCCUAGGAUCCAGUUCCCCAAAUUUUGGUUCCGCAAUGACUUGAAAACGAAGCUCUUAACGGAACAAAGGAGCAAUCAACUCAAAAAUAUCGAAAGAUUCCCAUCUUCAGGAAUUGCGGGCGAAAAAGUCUUGACGUCCAGGAUAAAGUGUUUAGCCCAAAAAGGGUAUCUUACGGCGGCUGAGCGUAAGAAAAAAGAUCAACAAAACCUCCGAGAACAGUUGAUCCACGAGGCGCCUGUUCUUCGAAUGACUGACGAUUCCGAGGGUUCAGGAUUCGAGCGGUUAUUCAGAAGCACUAGAAUUGCGCUACCUACAACCGCCGCUAAGGAUGACGACGUUGACCCCGAGAAACUACACCUGAGAGAUCAAAUGAAUAUCGGGAAAACGUUUUUCGAGAACAUUUGGCAUGAUGCCGAGCAGAGCGAGCUCUUACUGUUAAUCGAGCCUGUCUCGCGCGACUACGAGCCCAAAAUGACUGCAUCGAUCGCUAAAGCCGUUGACCGAGUAUCGUCGUCGCCAGUCUCUGAUCGAACCUCCAAUGGUAGUAUGCCUUACCCAAUAUCUCCUGAAAUAUAUCGCCAAGCAAGUCAGUGA